AUGGGGAUCUGCAGCAGCUGGCAUCCAGCAGGCACUGAGAUUCCUUGUGGGACUGACCUGGGGCUGUGCCUUGGCCCUGUUCCUUCAGAUGCCAACAGGGGGGCAUCCUUGACAUUUGAAGCCUUCACUGCUCUGCUCCAAGAAAGGCAGGCUGUGGGGGCCAAAGGAUCAAGAAGGGGUGUGCCAAAGAUGUUUGAUCUCAGGACGAAGAUUAUGAUCGGCAUUGGCAUCAGCUUACUGAUUGCCACGUUUGUGCUCAUAGGCAUCGUUUGCUGUCUUUACAUCAAAUUAUCCAGAGCACUAAGAUGUGCAAGGGAUCUUGAUAUUUUAAGAUGUUGUAAUCUAGCCAAGUUGUGCUGGAACAACAAAGCCGCCGCCACCGGGUCUUGUGCCGCACUCCAGUGCUGUGACGGAUGUAGAAUGUAUGCAGAUUAUGACUCCCUGCCACCUUGCUGCUGUGACACAAAUGAGGGACUCUGA